GUGCAUUUCCGUGUCUUUAGAGGAGAAGGCUUUUUUGCGUUUGGCAUAUGAGGGACUCAAGAGCGGCGCGCAUCACCUUGGGCCCAAGGCUGUGUUCGUGGCUCGUUUUCCUCGUGAGAGGCGGUGAAUCAUCGGCGAAGCGACUUUGGAAGCAAUUUGGCCAUUGCUGCCUUGGGGCUCUUCCGGUCUCCUCCCCUAUGGCUUGUUGCUAGUGCUGUUGGAAAGUUUUAACUUUGCGCGGAAGGGUUGCCGGCUGCUGGCUGUAUGGGAAUUUGUGUUUGGCGGUGAGCCCCUUUCUCCGGUUCCUUCUACCUGCCAGAUGGUCAUACGGUUUUUCCCAAUUUCUGAAAGAGUGCUUUGCCCUCGCCGUUUAGUGUUUACAAAACUAAAUAUAGCCAACAUAAGGGACCUGGAUUUUUUCACUCAGCUCCAACUUAACAGGUCCUGUAACCUUGAAGCAUAGUCUGCUUUCGAUUUUCCUGAUAUUUAGCUUCCUGUGGUAUACUGAUGAGCAGAACCCUUCCACUACAUACCUCAAUUUUGCCUAAGGAGAUAUGUGCACGAACUUUCUUCAAAAUCACUGCACCAUUAAUAAACAAAAGGAAAGAAUAUUCAGAGAGAAGAAUUUUAGGAUAUUCAAUGCAGGAAAUGUAUGAUGUAGUAUCGGGAGUGGAGGAUUACAAGCAUUUUGUUCCUUGGUGCAAAAAAUCAGAUGUUAUAUCAAAGAGAUCUGGGUAUUGUAAAACAAGAUUAGAAAUUGGAUUUCCACCUGUGUUGGAGCGCUAUACAUCAGUAGUAACCUUGGUGAAACCUCAUUUAGUAAAGGCAUCUUGUACUGAUGGGAGACUUUUCAAUCAUUUGGAGACUAUUUGGCGUUUUAGCCCAGGUCUUCCUGGCUACCCAAGAACUUGUACCUUGGAUUUUUCAAUUUCUUUUGAAUUUCGAUCACUUCUACAUUCUCAGCUUGCCACAUUAUUUUUUGAUGAAGUUGUGAAGCAGAUGGUAGCUGCCUUUGAAAGAAGAGCAUGUAAGCUGUAUGGUCCAGAAACAAAUAUACCUCGGGAGUUAAUGCUUCAUGAAGUCCAUCACACAUAAAGGCAAAAAAGAACUUGGUGCCACCUGCUUCUGACUUUAGUUUGUUCACUUUUAGGAAGUAUUUUCAUGACAUGUUUUCAGAAGCCAGAAAGCUUUUGUUAAACGCAGCUUUGGUUAUAAACCUGCACCACUGAAAAUUUGCACAUAGAAUACAGACUCACUUGUAUGUAGAAUUAUUUCUUCAAUCAAGUAUAAUUCAAAAUAAUACGGACAUUAUCAUGUUCUGCAUUACAAUAAUGGGAUGUCAUCACCAUUGCUAGAAUACUGGCAUGAUUCUUCUGAGCAGAAGUUGAAACUAUAAAUUUAAACCUUUUAAUUAUCACCUUACCUGAAAGAGGUUAGUUAAGAUAUUCACACAGUAUGUAUUAUAUUAACCAUAUCACACUUAAGUUAUUAAAUUCAGACUAUUUGUAACUUAUUGUUAUAGGGCCUGCCAUAUGGCUUAGGAUAUUUGAGUAAUCAUAUAUUUAAAGUAAAAACUUUGGGCUGGGCGCAGUGGCUCACACCUGUAAUCCCAGCACUUUGGGAAGCUGAGGUGGGCAGAUCAGUUGAGGUCAGUAGUUCGAGACCAGCCUGGCCAACGUGGCGAAACCCCAUCUCUAUUAAAAAUACAAAAAUUAGCUGGGCAUGGUGGCACACACCUGUAAUCCCAGUUACUUGGGAGACUGAGGCAUAAGAAUCGCUUGAACCCGGGAGGCGGAGGUUGCAGUGAGCCAAGAUCGCCCUGCUGCACUGCAGCCUGGGCAACAGAGGGAGACUCUGUCUCCAAAAACAAAAACAAAAACUGUUAGUGAAGGUUCCCUGGGACUUUUUAUAUUUUAAAAAUUGUUCUUAUGACUAGCAGAUAAAUUCAGUGCCAUAAUGAGGCUAGCUCCCAGAUAAACAGUAUAUUUUCUUCUUUUUUUUUUUUUGGUGAGUGGUCCAGAGCUUUAAGCUACUUUUCCAGUAGUUUGCCACUUUCUCCGAGGUAGUUUGGCUGCUCUUUCAAUAAUGCUAAUUGUGUGUCAAAUUUUGUCUACAACAGUAGGCAACAGAUGAAGAUAAGUUGGUUGAAUGUCUCCAGCACUAUGCAUCCCUAUUUUCUAUUUAUUGUGUAUACUCACUUUCAGUAAUGUGUUUCAAACUGGUAUUUUUUAAAAAACAAAUCAAUGUAAGGACUGAAGUUGAAGUAGCAAUGUAAUAAAGUUAAUUUGUUUAUUUUUUGUACAGUUAGUUUGGUUAUUGAAAUCUUCCUAUAUUGUUUAAAUGUGUAUUUGCAUAGACAUAGUAAAGUGUUACAGCAUUUCAUGUCUUAAAAAUAUCUAUGAAGAUAUCUAAAAUAUCGAUUUCUAUGAAGAAACAGACUUUAACAAA